GUCAAAACAAUCUUGUGGCUUACCCUCCUCAACUUUUGCUACAUGCGAACUAGCACUAAUACACAUUUCGGCAGCUAUUUGCCCCCAAAAACCUCAGACGAGCUGUCGCUUAAUGUUUGGGACAAGUCAUGGAGUCGUGCAACAAGUGUCGGACUUGUUUGAGUGGCUAUCAAUGUGUUUACGUGCUGUAGUUGAAGCAAGUUAGCUUGACUUAGCAUCGACUGGCCAAACAAACCAAAAAAAGUCUCCAAAACUUCGUUGACCGGCACAAACAUUGAACAUUUCUCCCUGGUUUGCCUAACAGCACCGCAGCAAAAUGUCCAUUUUAGGCUUGAAAAAGAAACAACCAAAGACCUUCAAAGUCAAAGUCACCACCAUGGAUGCUGAGAUGGAGUUCAGCUGUGAGAUGAAGUGGAAAGGCAAAGACUUGUUUGACCUGGUGUGUCGCACAGUGGGCUUGAGGGAGACCUGGUUCUUCGGCCUUCGUUACACCAUCAAGGACACAUAUGCUUGGCUUAAACCCGACAAGCGAGUUCUGGACCAGGAAGUACCCAAAGACUCCCCCAUCACGUUUCACUUCUUGGCCAAAUUCUUCCCAGAGAAAGUCGAAGAAGAACUCGUCCAAGAAAUCACGCAGCACCUUUUCUUUUUACAGGUGAAAAAACAGAUCUUGGAUGAGGAAAUUUUCUGCUCUCCAGAAGCUUCUGUUCUGCUGGCUUCAUACGCUGUCCAAGCCAAAUACGGCGACUAUGACCCCAAUUUCCACAAGCCGGGCUUCCUGGCGCAAGAUGAACUUCUGCCCAAGACGGUGCUGAUGCAGUACCAGAUGACGGCGGACAUGUGGGAGGAGAAGAUCACAGCCUGGUAUGCCGAGCACAGGGGCAUCGCUAGGGAUGAAGCGGAGAUGGAGUACCUGAAGAUAGCGCAGGACCUGGAGAUGUAUGGCGUCAGCUACUUCGACAUCACCCAAAACAAGCGGGACACAGACUUGCUGCUGGGCGUGGACGCGCAGGGUCUUCACAUCUACAGCCCCAACAGCAAACUCACGCCAAACAAGUCAUUUCCCUGGAGUGGCAUUCGCAACAUUUCGUACAGCGAAAAAGAGGCAAGCGGCGUCUUCUCGCAAUCUUCUAUUCCUCCUUGUCCAUCUUGUGAUGCCGAUUUAUCUUCACAGUUCACUAUCAAGCCUCUGGACAAGAAGAAAGACGUCUUCAAGUUCUACUCGUCUCAGCUGCGCGUCAACAAGCUGAUCUUGCAGCUGUGCAUCGGUAACCACGAUCUGUUCAUGCGGCGGAGGAAGGUGGACUCCAUCGAGGUGCAGCAGAUGAAAGCUCAGGCCAAAGAGGAGAAGGCCCGAAAGAAGAUGGAGCGGCAGAUCCUGGCACGUGAGAAGCAGAUGAGGGAGGAUGCGGAACGAGCCAAGGAGGAGAUGGAACGGAGACUUUUCCAGCUGCAGGAUGAGGCGCGUCUGGCCAAUGAAGCGCUGCUGCGCUCAGAGGAGACGGCCGACCUCCUGGCGGAGAAAGCGCAGAUCGCCGAGGAGGAAGCCAAACUGCUGGCUCACAAGGCGGCCGAGGCCGAGCAGGAACGGCAGAGGUUAGAGGUCAACGCCCUGAAGAGCAAAGAGGAGAAGCGGCUGAUGGAGCAGAAGAUGAGGGAGGCCGAGCAGCUCGCUGUCAAACUCGUGGAGCAGUCGGAAAGGAGGCUGAAGGAAGCAGACCACUUGAAGCAGGACCUCAGUGAGGCCAAAGACGCAGAGAGGAGGGCCAAGCAGAAACUGUUAGAGAUCACCAAGACCACCUACCCGCUGAUUGCGGCCUAUUCGACUCCUCCCGCUCCUGUCGCCGUUCCCUCUCGCGCCCCCGCUGCUGCCCCGGAAGAUGACUCGACCUACGAAUCCACGUCCGCGCGUCUCGACUUUAAAGACUCAGAUAUGAAGAGGCUCUCCAUGGAAAUCGAGCGCGAGAGGCUGGAGUACAUGGAGAAGAGCAAACAUCUUCAAGACCAACUGAAGGAACUCAAGUCUGAGAUCGAGUCUCUCAAGCUGGAAGAGCAGCAGCAGCAGCAACAGCAGCAUCAUCUUCCUCAUCAGCAGGCGGCCAGCGUAUACGCGCUCCACGACACCAGGGGCUUCAUCCCUGAACCGCUUUACAUUCCUCACGGCAACAGAAACUCGGCCUUCGUGUCCCAGAUGGCAUUCUUCGAGGAGGUCUGAGCAGCGUUUUUCCCCUGAUUGACAUCAACCUUUGGACACUAAGACUUUUUGGCUUUGCUCACACGUGCCUUUUUGUUGGUUCACUUUGUUUUCGGAGAAUAUGGUCGACUUACUUCAACUCUUCCUACUUCUACUCUCGCUACUGCUGCACUUGUCUUCAAUGUGCUUCAACUCAGUUCGGUUGUUUGCCAUAUGCUAUCAUAAUGCUUAUUUCGUGUUUUUGCUUCGAUCGACACUACACGUCUCUUGACUUCUCGCGCUAUUUAUUUCUCUGUUCUGUGUUAUCACCGCGACAGCCUUUUGUCUGCACGUCCAAGUGUUACAAGUGUUUUUAUUUGACACCGCAAAAGUCUUGAAUUACAUUUAUUUUCAUGGAUGUUUUUUUUUUUUUUACUGAGCAUUUCAAUACAACGUUUGUUAUGUUUUGCCCGCCUACGCUCCCAUUCUUCUCUGGCUACUUAAGGUUGCAAAAGUAUUGGAAAGUAUCCAAGUAUCAAUAUUGAAAUGUUGUGUCUGGUUAAUAUAUUUAAUACCACUGAAGUAUAAGCAAAAUGCUUCCUGGAAAAAGUAAAUUUGGGUCUCUAAAAAGAAACAUGGUGCCAAAAGUCUCAAUUGGCUAUAGUUGUUGAGAUACAGCCUAUGGCCGAAAUGUUAAACUUAGGGCUGUCAAACGAUUAAAAUUUUAAUCGAGUUAAUCGCAGCUUAAAAAUUAAUUAAUCGUAAUUCAAACCAUCUUUAUGCCAUAUCUUUCUGUAAAUUAUUGUUGGAAUAAAAAGAUAAGACACAAGACGGAUAUAUACAUUCAGCAUACUGUACAUAAGUACUGUAUUUGUUUAUUAUAACAAUAAAUCAAAAACAUGAAGACAUUAUUAACAUUCUGUUAAAGCGAUCCGUGCAUAGAAAGACUUGUAGUUCUUAAGAGAUAAAUGUUAGUACAAGUUAUAGAAAUUUUAUAUUAAAACCCCUCUCAAUGUUUUUGUUUUAAUAAAAUUUGUAAAAUUUUCAAUCAAGAAAUAAACUAGUAGCUCGCCGUUGUUGAUGUCAAUAAUUAUACAAGGCUCGUGGUGCUGAAACCCAUAAAAUCAGCCAAACCCAAGCGCCAGCAGAGGGCGACAAAACACCAAAAAACAAGUAACAAGUGUACAUGACACUGCUGUUUGAGCGGGGCAUGUGCGUUAAAUGCGUCAAAUAUUUUAACGUGAUUAAUUAAGAAAAUGAAUUACCGCCCGUUAACGCGAUAAUUUUGACAGCCCUAGUUAAAAUCCAAGCAAUUUAGGUGAAAAUGGGUAUUAACUGAAAUGGAAAUGGUUAUUUCCAGGUAAACAUAUCCAUCCAACAAAAAUCGUCUACCAUUUCAAAAUCUAAUCAUGUAGGCGAAAGCUUUGACGCGACAUGCUAUGUAUUGCAUAAAUCCUGGUGUUUUGGGCGUGGACGAAAUGCACGGAUGUAGACACAUUUCAUUAGCGGUAGCACACACAAUUAGCCGCUAGCCAGUAGCUUUUGAAGUUCAUUGGACCCACUAUCAAAAAAUCUGGCCCAGGUCAUCGUGUCAGGUAUUGAUCUCAAUCAUCAUGAAAAAGAACAAUUUGCUUGAAUAACAUGGAUAACAUUUACUUUUUUUGCGGUAGAUUUAAUGAAUUGUAGGGCUGUCAAACGAUUAAAAUUUUUAAUCGAGUUUAUCACAACUUUAAAAUUAAUCGUAAUUAAUCGCAAUUCAAACCAUCUCUAUAAUAUGCCAUAUUUUUCUGUAAAUUAUUGUUGGAAUGGAAAGAUAAGACACAAGACGGAUAUAUACAUUCAAUAUACUGUACAUAAGUACUGUAUUUAUUUAUUAUGACAAUAAAUCAGCAAGAUGGCAUUAACAUUCUGGUAAAGUAAUCCAUGGAUAGAAAGACCUGUAGAGCUUAAAAGAUAAAUGUUAGUACAACUUAUAGAAAUUUUAUAUUAAAACCCCUCUUAAUGUUUUCGUUUUAAUAAAAUUUGUAAAUUUUCUAUCAAAAAAUAAACUAGUAGCUCGCCAUUGUUGAUGUCAAUAAUUACACACUUCUCAUGGUGCUGCAACCCAUAAAAUCAGUCGCACCUAAGCGCCAGCAGAGGGCGACAAAACAAAAAACAAGUAACAAGUGGACAUGACACUGUGCUGUCAUUUUAAUCUGUUUGAGCAGGUCAUGUGCGUUAAUUGCGUCAAAUAUUUUAACGUGAUUAAUUUAAAAAAUUAAUUACCUCCCGUUAACGCGAUAAUUUUGACAGCCCUAAUGAAUAGUGCAGCAAAACGGUACAAAAAACAUAUCUAGUACAAAUAAUCCAACCUAACCCAUUCAGCCAGUGGAGUGCUGUUAUCCCGUACAGAUUUUAAGUCCAUGGGCCAUAUGGCCAGGGAGUUUUCGCGCUAAAAUGUUUAUAGUUUUUAUAUUUGUGUAAUUUCGGCGUGUAACAAAUUUUUGGGGGGAGGGGGGCUACUUCGCGGUUUUUCCACUUAUCGCGGUGGGUUCUGGUCGCCAUUGACCGUGAAAAACAGGUUUUGACCCUGAGGUACUUUUUAGGUGACUAGCUUCAUCUAGUGUUGAAGCUGAAAAUGUAGGCUGAACUAAAGCUUGUUGUGCAGGCCAUUUUCAAUUAUUUUUUUUGUACGGGGUGAUUCAAAAAGAAUGUGCCAAAAUCAUCACGCAUUUAUUCAUUUUAAAAUCAUUGAAAUAGACGGAAUUACCAUAUUGGCCCGAAUAUAAGACGGUGUUUUUUGCAUUGAAAUAAGUCGUCUUAUAUUCGCGGUCUAGACAUUAUACCCAUUCACGACACUAGAUGGCGCCAGAUGUCAUAGAAGCGAUGUUCUGUCAUGACAGCUCUCAGCUACUCUCCCCAUUCGAGACGCUAGAUGGCGCCAGAUAUCAUUGCAGCGAUGUUCUGUCAUGACAGAUCUCGGCUACUCCCAAGUUUAACCAGAUUGCAUUGUUUUAACGCAAUGUUUUUCCUUAUUCAGAUUUGUUUCAAGACUACAGUUACAGUGAGACUUCACUUUGAUGGUUACUGCAGUUAUUGCAAUUUUGUUGUUUGGUUUAUUUACAUUUCAAAAACCAGAAGCCAUUCAUUUACGAAUGUGAUUGCACUUUAGUUUACAUAUUUAAAUGUUCAGAUAUUAAGAUUUGAAUGAGGCAAAAUAACAUGCUUUUUCUCUCAAAUAUAUUGUUAUAAUCAUUUGUUUCGGAUGUACUGUAAUUAUUUUCUGUAUUUAGUGUUCAAAAAGUCUUUUUUUCAAACUUGAGUCUUGAAAAUGACGGGGUCGUCUCAUAAUCAGGGCCGUCUUAUAUUCGUGCCAAUACAUUGAAUUAAUUAAUAAUUAGUUGUAUUGAGUUCAUUUUGUCUACACUUACAGAUUACUUGAAUGUCUUUUAUCCCAGACAAUAGUUAUAGGUUGUUUUAAUUACCAGACAUGUUUCGGCGAACACUUCCUUCAUCAGAGACAGACUGGUGUUGGUGUGAC